UUGCAACCCGUCAGCUCUGAGAGCAGUCCUUGUGUUUUCCCUCCCACAUCAAUGCAGUCAAUCCUUUCAGAAUCACAAAGCAGUGGAUAAUACUCGACGACCAUGGCGGAGCGCACUUCGUGUCCCAUGAUCGCCUCACCACCACCAAAGGCCUCUCCCGAGGCAGAUGAGAGAGUUUCUGAUUUUGAAUACGACGAAGACGAGGAUGAAGAGAUAGCGUUCUACAAGGAGGCCAACCGCGUCGAUUCGGCCGUGCCAUGGGAGAAGUUGUCGUAUGCGCGCAGGAAGUAUCGAGCUUACUUUGAGGACUACGAAAUGAUGCAUGGCAUCAUAGACGAACGGGACCAGCCCGUGCACACUCAUGGGCCAAGAAAGCGUGAAAACGGUACAGGCAUUGGCAAAGAUGCAACCGGCGACAUCAAACGCCAAGACCGCAAGGUUGACGACAACGCUCUCAAAGACAACGCGCAAGGGACUCAUGAAGACCGUGAUAACGCGGCAGAAGAAAUAGCACCGGCCGCAUGCACCACCCAUGGCAUUGGUCCAGCCACAAUGACGCAGUCCUUCGUGCCCAACGAGGUGGAUCGGCACCAUUGGGUGUUCAAAUACAUCCUCCACACAAAAACGAAGUUUGCAUUUCCGACCAUCGAUCACAACUUUGUCGAUGAGGAUGGCACAGUCCUUGGCCACUGGACCGAUGAUGGUAAGCUGCUGGAGGAAAAGGACGGGCAUUGCGCGCUCGUCUGUCGAGUGGCGCCGGAAUGCAGCAAUUAGCGGCCGCCAUACGGGCAUAUGCGAAAGCCGGGGACACCGGAGUAGUAGAAGGUUUGGGCAAAGCUCAGCGCAAUGGCACUCGAAUAGCUGAAAUGUAGCAGACAGCCUGUAUGUGUAUGAGUAUAAGAUUAAGGAUUGUAUCG